CGUCCCCAUCUCCCUAGAACACGGAAACCACCGACAUGCUCCCCCCACAUGCCCUAGCAAUCCAUUCCCAUUUGCGGACCAAAUCUAAGCCCCUGAAAAGUCAUCAGCAUAGCCGAGUAGAUAUCCAUCCUCACAUGGAGGAAAAAUCCAACCUUUGCAUGUGACCUCUCCUUAAAUUCCCGCAAGAAUCAAUCCAAAAGGGGAGCGAAAAGCAGAGCAAUCCCGUUGCUUCGCAUCUUCCCCUUCCCGUUGGCUUUUCUUCUCCGUUCUUCGGUCUGCGCAGCCCCAUAAACCUCCGCUAAAGCUCCUUUGUCGCGCCUAAUUCGUCAACCAUUCCCCCAAGAAUCCCCAGAGGCGAGAGCCCCCCGCGCCAAGAUCCAAUCUUUUGAUUUGUUUGGUCCAAUCCGUAUAGAUUUCCCUGGAAAGAACCCAAGAAUAGCUCCCGGAGUUGGAAAAGGUUUCCAUUUUGAUCGGUCGUCGGUGAGAAUUCGAGCCUCACCGCAGUUUUUUCAAGAAGGGCACGGCCUCCGUACAGUUCUUGAUCCGGGGAGGGACCUCCACCGGCGAAGGCAAUGCAGCCGGACCCGCAAGGCCCCGGCAGGGAGAAGGCGGGUGGCACCAAUGCGCAUGCCCGGCUGCCGCCGCCAUUGACGACGGGGUCGGCUGGGCGGCCGGCGUCGGUGCUGCCGCACAAGACGGCGAACGUGCGCGACCACUACCGCAUCGGGAAGAAGCUGGGGCAGGGGCAGUUCGGCACCACGUACCAGUGCGUGGGCAAGGCGGACGGCGCCGAGUACGCGUGCAAGUCCAUCCCCAAGCGCAAGCUGCUGUGCCGCGAGGACUACGAGGACGUGUGGCGCGAGAUCCAGAUUAUGCACCACCUCUCCGAGCACCCCAACGUCGUCCGCAUCCGCGGCGCUUACGAGGACGCGCUCUUCGUGCACCUCGUCAUGGAGCUCUGCGCCGGCGGCGAGCUCUUCGACCGUAUCGUGGCCAAGGGCCACUACAGCGAGCGCGCGGCCGCGCAGCUCAUCAGGACGAUCGUCGGGGUGGUGGAGGGCUGCCACUCGCUCGGCGUCAUGCACAGGGACCUCAAGCCGGAGAACUUCCUCUUCUCAAGCACCGCCGAGGAUGCCCCACUCAAGGCCACCGACUUUGGGCUCUCCGUGUUCUACAAGCCCGGUGAUAAAUUUUCCGACGUUGUCGGGAGCCCCUAUUAUGUUGCACCCGAGGUGCUUCAAAAAUGCUAUGGCCCAGAAGCUGAUGUCUGGAGUGCUGGAGUGAUUCUGUACAUUUUGCUAUGUGGUGUGCCUCCAUUCUGGGCAGAAAGUGAAGCUGGAAUCUUCAGGCAAAUUUUGCGAGGCAAACUUGACUUGGAAUCUGAACCAUGGCCUAGUAUCUCUGAUAGCGCUAAAGAUCUAGUCCGUAAGAUGCUUACCCGGUAUCCUACAAAGAGACUGACUGCUCAUGAGGUUCUAUGUCAUCCAUGGAUUGUUGAUGAUGCUGUUGCACCUGAUAAGCCCAUUGAUUCUGCUGUUUUGUCAAGGCUGAAAAACUUUUCUGCAAUGAACAAGCUCAAGAAGAUGGCAUUGAGGGUGAUUGCUGAAAGUCUAUCUGAGGAGGAGAUUGGUGGCUUAAAGGAGUUGUUCAAAAUGAUCGAUACUGACAAUAGUGGGACAAUAACUUAUGAUGAACUAAAGAACGGUCUGAAAAGGGUGGGCUCAGAUCUAAUGGAACCUGAAAUCAAGGCUUUGAUGGAUGCGGCUGAUAUUGACAACAGUGGAACCAUUGACUAUGGAGAAUUCUUAGCAGCUACAUUGCACAUGAAUAAACUGGAGAGGGAGGAAAGCUUGGUGUCAGCAUUUUCAUUCUUUGAUAAGGAUGGGAGUGGCUUCAUAACAAUUGAUGAGCUCUCACAAGCGUGCCAACAAUUUGGUCUUUCUGAUGUUCAUCUUGAGGAUAUGAUCAAAGAUGUGGAUCAAAAUAAUGAUGGACAAAUUGAUUAUAGCGAGUUUGCCGCAAUGAUGAGAAAGGGCAAUGCUGGUGGAGCAGGAAGGAGAACUAUGAGAAACAGCUUGCAUGUGAAUCUUGGUGAACUCUUGAAGCCCGCUGAAAACUAACUCAUAUUGGAGCCUUUGAGAUGCUUCUAUCUGAAGUUUUGCGUGCCUCAUCAGUUGAACUUAUAAAAAAAAUGAUUUAGUAAUCGUUCUAUUACCAGUGCCACCGAGAAGCUGUUAAAUUUUCGUAGCAGUACUAGUAGUUAGUGGAAAGAGCAUGCUAUGGUAUCAGUGUAACAAAUUUUAGGUGCUGAGGAGGAUAUGUUAUGCUGCUUUUGAGUCCUGUUGUCUUGUCAUGAAUGUUGUUGAUAAUUUGAGGUUUGUAUCAUUACUGAUUAUUGUUGUUAAUGUGCAACGUGUUGUCCCAUAAACCAUAAGGUAGGCACCUAGGUCUCUAUUUGACUUAUCGGUCCAUUUGUAAACAUGUUCUCACGAACCUAGUUUUGAUUGGAUCUGUCAAAACACAUUGCUUUUUUCCAUUACAGUAGUAGGGAUUGUUACACCAUUUAUGUGUGCCUGAAGGACGUCAUGCACGCCUGCUGUUUUAGUUCUUAUUGGAAUGGAGUAAUACAGAUAUUGUUCUGAGUUUCA